UCUUAUCAUCUUCUUCUCCAGGAGUGUUGGCCGACUAUUAUGUGGACUCCAUGGUUAGGAUUUGUUCAUUCUUUCAAGCUUCAUGUGUCUCUUUCUCUGAGUUUCUGCUCUUUCGGUAAGGCUUCCCAAAUUAGCCUACUUCUCUCUCUUCUAUAGGCAUGGCCACAAUUGCAUCCGGUGGAGCUUCCAUCGGCCUUAUCAAUCCUUGCAACUCCCAUCAACUUAUAAAACACCCAUCUCCAUUUCUUGGCACCAAGUUCAAACUCAAGCUCUCUUCCAAAGCCAGCCCCUCAAUUCCUAAAACGCCUGGAGUUUUGUCCUUGAAAGCUCAACUCAUUGAUGUAGUUCGUGAUCUCUUUGUUGGAGUGGGGGUGGGGUUGCCAUGCACCGUCAUGGAGUGUGGUGAUAUCAUAUAUAGAAGCACUUUGCCCAAGCCCGAUGGGCUAACCUUAACUCUACCGGGUGUUAUUUUGGCUGUGGGUGCUUUGUCUUAUCUCUGGGCCACUCCAGGUGUCGCUCCUGGGUUUUUCGACAUGUUUGUUCUUGCUUUCCUUGAGAGGUUAUUUAGACCAACUUUCAAUAAGGAUGAUUUUGUUUUGGGAAAGAAGCUGGGCGAGGGUGCUUUUGGUGUCGUCUAUAAAGUUUCAUUGGCUAAUAAGAAGCCUAAUUCAAAGAAAUAUGGUGACUUGGUAGUGAAAAAAGCUACAGAAUAUGGUGCGGUGGAGAUCUGGAUGAAUGAGCGUGUUCGAAGAGCUUGUGCAAACAGUUGUGCUGAUUUUCUAUACGGCUUUCUUGAGGGUUCCUCAAAGAAAGGAGAAGAAUAUUGGCUUGUAUGGCGAUAUGAGGGGGAGGCCACACUUUCAGAUUUGAUGCUGAGCAAAGAGUUCCCUUACAAUGUAGAAACAAUGAUACUUGGGGAGGUUCAGAACUUGCCCAAGGGCUUGGAAAGGGAAAAUCAAAUCAUCCAGACUAUCAUGAGACAGAUCUUAUUUGCCUUGGAUGGUCUUCAUUCAACUGGAAUUGUGCACAGAGAUAUUAAGCCACAAAAUAUUAUUUUCUCUGAAGGGUCUCGUACAUUUAAAAUCAUUGAUCUAGGAGCUGCAGCAGAUUUGAGAGUGGGCAUCAACUACAUUCCAAAGGAAUUUCUUUUGGAUCCAAGAUAUGCUGCACCAGAGCAAUAUAUCAUGAGUACACAAACUCCUUCUGCACCUUCUGCUCCAGUGGCAACUGCACUUUCCCCUGUUUUGUGGCAGAUGAAUCUGCCAGAUCGAUUUGACAUCUACAGUGCUGGUCUCAUUUUCCUUCAAAUGGCAUUUCCAUCUUUAAGGACGGACAACGCAUUGAUUCAAUUCAACCGUCAGCUAAAGAGGUGUGAUUACGACUUGGUUGCAUGGAGGAACACUGUCGAGCCUCGUGCAAGCCCUGACCUUCGCAAGGGGUUUGAGCUGCUGGAUUUAGAUAAUGGGAUAGGAUGGGAACUUCUGACAUCAAUGGUCCGCUAUAAAGCAAGACAAAGAAUCAGUGCAAAAGCAGCACUGGCUUACCCUUACUUUGACAGGGAAGGGCUAUUAGCUUUAUCCUUCGUACAGAAUCUGAAGUUGCAAGUCUUUAGGGCUACACAACAAGAUUAUGGGGAAACUGCCAAGUGGAUAAUAAAUUUAAUGGCAAAAUCUGGAACAGAGAAAGAGGGUGGUUUCACAGAAGCACAGCUUCAGGAUCUCAGAGAUAUAGAGCCUAAGAAGAAGGCGAGUCCACAAAGAAAUGCUCUUGCUUCAGCUCUUAAACUUCAAAGGAAGAUUAUUAGAACAUUGAAUGAGAGCAUGGAUGAGCUUAGCAGACGCAGUAAAAGCCUAUGGUGGAGCAGGUGGAUCCCCAAAGAGGAAUAGAGUUUGUAUAUGUACAUAAUUUUUUCCCUUUCUGUUAACUGACCAUUCUCAUGAUAAGGAACGUAGCUGGAAUACUAUAGGAGUAUUUUGUGAAUGAUAUAAUUAGUUGAAGUCUAUAUAGUUCUGAAUCAACCUAAAUUGCUAUGAA